UUCUCUUAAAUGUCAUUUCCAAUUAUCCCAAAUUCGUCUUUUUUGGCUUGAUUGCAGCGUUUUUUGUGAAAAAACUUUAACUAUAGUGUGUAAAAAUGCGUUCGGUGCCAAAAUGGGCCGACAAAAUCCAAGACAACGAGAAAAAGGGCCAGACCAUUUAUGACUUGUGUUUCAACCCAGACGGCACUCAGUUGAUUGUUGCGAGUGGUAAUCACGUUCUAGUUUACGAUACCAGCGACGGCAGUCUUGUCCAAACCCUCAAAGGCCACAAAGACAAAGUCCACGCUGUUUCGUACGCCAAAAACGGGCUGAAAUUCGCCAGUGGCAGUGCCGACAAAACUGUGAUAAUCUGGUCGAGUAAACUUGAAGGCUUGCUCAAGUAUAGCCACAGCGAUUCGGUCCAGUGUAUCCUGUUUAACCCCUUGUCGCACCAGUUGGCCUCUUGUGCUCUCACGGAUUUCGCGUUCUGGAGCUCGGAGCAAAAGGCCGUGCAGAAGCAUAAGACUAACGUUAAGAUUAACGCGUGUUCGUGGACUAAUGAUGGACAGUACUUGGCUUUGGGGCUCAAUAAUGGGGUUAUUUCAAUCAGAAAUAAGUUAGGGGAGGAGAAAGGGAGGAUUGAGAGGCCCAAUGGGCCGGCCAUUUGGGCCCUAUCGUGGAGUACGUGUAAAGAGGACCAAACUGAUGUCUUGUGUGUGGCCGAUUGGAAUAAAACUUUGGCGUUUUACACACUUGGGGGAAAGUUGGUCGGAAAAGAAAGAAAUAUAGGGUUUGAGGCUUUGAGAAUUAAUUAUUUUCCCAAAGGGGAGUAUAUUUUGAUAAGUGGAUUGAACAAGGCUUGUGUGAUGUACACCAAGGAUGGGAUAAAACUCGAUAUGAUUGGGGACCAGCAAAACGCCUGGGUUUGGUGCUGCGCCUCUCACCCAAGUGGGAAUUUUGUGGUCAUGGGGUGCCAAGAUGGGACAUUAGCCUACUACCAAUUAAUCUUUAACACUGUCCACGGAUUGUACAAGGAACGAUACGCAUUUCGGGAAAACAUGACUGACGUCAUAAUUCAACACUUAAUAACCGAGCAAAAAGUUCGAAUAAAGUGCCGAGAUUUGAUUAAAAAAAUUGCAAUUUAUAAACACCGACUUGCUGUUCAAUUGCCGGAAAGGGUUGUCAUCUAUGAAUUGUAUUCGAAUGAUGCCAAUGAUAUGCAUUAUCGUGCGAAAGAAAAAAUCACCCAAAAAUUAGACUGUAGUCUUUUGGUCGUGUGUACGGAGCAUUUGGUUGUUUGUCAGGAGAAAAAAUUGCAAAGUAUGUUUUUCUCCGGCCAAAAUGAGAAGGAAUGGAAUUUUGAGAGCCCUAUCAGAUAUAUUAAAAUAAUUGGUGGGCCGCCGGGGAAGGAAGGGCUGAUUUUGGGGCUCAAAAAUGGACAGGUUUGGGAGGUGCACUUGGACAACAUCCACCCCCUCCUCAAGGUUACGGUAAACGGCGGUAUCCGUUGCCUUGACUUGAGCCAGAAGAAAUCCAAGUUAGCGGUGGUCGACGAAACCGGCCUUUUGCAGGUUUUCCAUUCGAAAACCGGCGAAUUAUAUUAUCAAGAACCGGGCACAAACAGCGUCGCUUUUAAUAAUUUAUACGAAGACAUGGUCGCGUUCAGCGGCAACGGUUCUCUCGUGAUAAAAGUAUUGGAUUUUCCGGCCCAUCGGCAAAAAAUGAUGGGUUUUGUUGUGGGUUUAUCUGGGGCGAAAGUAUUUUGUUUGAACGGCGCAUCAAUGGUGACUCUCGAAUUGCCAUUGAGCGCCCCCAUGUAUCAAUACAUCGAUAAGAAGAUGUUCGAUGAGGCUUACAAAGUUGCUUGUUUAGGUGUGACGGAUGGUGAUUGGGACGAGUUGGGUCAUUCGGCAUUGGAAGCCCUCGAGUUUGAAGUCGCAAGAUUAGCGUUUAUCAAAUUGCAAGAUUUUCAUUAUUUGGAGUUGAUUCAGGAUUUGCAAGAACAACAAAAGAAAGGUGAAACGAAUCGCGAUGCUAUGAUUGGCGAUAUUUAUGCACACAGAGGUAGAUUGAAAGAAGCAGCCAGGUUGUAUCAGAAGGCUGGACAAGAACAUAAAGCUUUGACCAUGUAUACGGAUUUAAGAAUGUUCGAUUUAGCACAGGAGUACCUCGGUUCGAGCGACAACACCGACUUGAUCCGCCAGAAGGCCGAUUGGGCCAAAAACAUAAACGAACAUAAAGCCGCUGCCGAAAUGUACUUAUCAGUGGGCGACACGCAAUCUGCGAUUGAUAUUUACGGCGAAAAGGGAUGGAUUGAUCAACUUACAGAAUUGGGUCGCCGUCUCGACAAAGCCGAGAGAUCGGCUCUGUUAUCAAUUGCCGAGCAUUUGAAACGUCUAAAUCAGCCCUCGUUCGCCGCGGAGAUUUACCGCCGUUUGGGCGAUUCGGCCUCAGUUUUAUCCCUACAUGUUGAGGCGAAAGAAUGGUCGCAAGCCUUUUCUUUAGUCCAGACACAGCCCCAAUAUAAAGCUCUGGUUUACGUACCAUAUGCACACUGGUUGGCCGAAAAUGACAAGUUUGUGCAAGCACAGAAAGCGUUUUAUAAGGCAGGAAGGCCCGACGAAGCUUUUAAAGUUUUACAACAGCUUGUUGAUAAUGCGAUUAGUGAGUGUAGGUUUCAGGAUGCUGGGUAUUACUACUGGAUUGUUGCGAGGCAGUUUUUGGAUUUAGCCAAAGAUGGCACAAACAAUCAGAGCGAAAUGUUGGCAAAUUAUGAGAUCAAUGAUCGUCUUGCUGGCAUUUAUUACGCAUUUCAUGCCGUCCAUCGAUAUUUGGAGGAGCCUUUUACAUCCUACAUGCCGGAAGCUUUAUUUAAUAUCGCGCGAUUUUUAAUGACUGAGACUAGUCACAACAACAGACCAAAAGGAAUUUCUCUAUUCGCAAUUUUGUAUUGUCUCUCAAAACAAGCGCGCAAAUUGGGCGCAAAUAAACUCGCAAAACAGAUUCUAGAUCGGAUGCAAACCCUCCGAAUUCCGCAAAAAUUUCAAGAACAAGUCGAAAUUGCGACGAUUGCUGCCCGAGCUCGGGCUUAUAGCGAUCCAGAAGAAUUGCUACCAAUGUGUUAUCGCUGUUCGACUUAUAAUCCCUUGGCAAGUGCCAGUAAUAGAUGUGUGAAUUGUGGUCAAAAGUUUGUCCACUCGUAUGUCAGUUUUGAAAUUUUGCCUUUGGUCGAGUUUAUCUUGCAAGACGGAAUCACCGAUAUAGAAGCCGUUCGUUUAAUUGAAACUCCUCCUAAUGAUCUUGGAAAAGAAGAAAAUUGGAAACAAGAAAUAUCGGAAAGUCGGGAAACUCUCCAGUUGGAUAUUGACGAGGAAGAAAAAGAUCCUUUUACUGCAAGACUUGAGAGCGGAUCGGGCGAUGGAAAUAAUUUCUCACCGGUCACAGUUAAUAAAAAGAUUCUUUUAGCAAUGGAUAGUAGUUCAGUUUUGAUUUGUAAAUGGGGGCCUCCAUUGCGGUACCAGUUUUUCAAAAAUUUGCUACCCGAAUUGCAAAUAACGAUGUGUAAUUCGUGUUUUAAGGCAUUUCAUGUUGAUGAUUUCGAGUUACAGCUACUACAGAAGGGCUAUUGUCCCUUUUGUAGGGCACCUCCAGAGAAUUCCUUAAAUAGUGAUUCAGUUGAUGACUUAUUAGUGUGAUAAAAUGUAAAUUAUUACCUUUUUCCGUCCAUAAAUGUGAUUAAAUGUAGCGCUAGUGUCGAUUUUUGCA